UCUGCUGUUGCAGCCUGAGGAGCGCGAGACACUCAGGCCCCGAAAAAAGAAAAAUUAGAGAAAAAAUUUGGAAAAAAUAAUUAAACAACAGAUCAAGAGGAGAAAGACCGGGAACGGUGGCGUGGGACUCCCACGGGUGAAGAUGAUGAUGAGCACUAUUGUCACCUACUCAACCCCAGUCAUGGCAGGUGGGACUGGAUGAGAGUGUGGAGGUGAAAACAGAAGCCAGAAAAAGCACUUACAUUUCUUUUGAGAGCACAUAAAGGAUAGCAGACAGUUUAAGAGCCUGAAUUGCCUAAACGCUGCCGUGAUAUUGAACCAGAGCCUGGAAGGCAGGGCAGCCACGGCCGAGUUUCAAUGGCAACGGCACCCUAGGGCUGCCAUGGCAGCAGCUGCCGCCGAUGCCCCACACCACAUUGCCACACUGACGCUGGAGGACGAGGAUCGACGAGGUGCCACCAAAGUGUUUGGAGGUCCCGCUGCUGGGAGGACGGAAAGAGAGACAGAGAACGAGAGGGAGGGGAAAGGCAGUGGGAGCGAGUGUUUGGUGUGCGGUUCCCUCUUCAGCUCACAGGACAAGCUCCGGCUCCACGCAAUCUGUCACGCAGGAGAGAAACCUUUCCACUGUUCCCAGCCCCACUGCCCUAAGGCUUUCAGCUCCAAAUACAAGCUUUUUAGGCAUAUGGCCACACACUCCCCACAGAAGACUCAUCAGUGUUCAUUCUGUGAAAAGAUGUUUCACCGCAAAGAUCACCUGAAAAACCACCUGCAGACUCACGACCCCAACAAAGAGGCCUUUAAGUGCGAAGAGUGUGGCAAACACUAUAACACAAAGCUGGGCUACAAGCGCCACAUGGCCAUGCACUCAGCCACCGCUGGUGAUCUUACCUGUAAGGUGUGCUUGCAAAGCUACGAGAGCACGCCAGCACUGUUGGAGCACCUCAAGAGCCACUCGGGCAAGUCUUCAGGUGGUGCCAAGGAGAAGAAACACCCUUGUGACCACUGUGAUCGUCGGUUUUACACACGAAAGGAUGUCCGCCGACACAUGGUGGUACACACGGGUCGCAAAGACUUCCUGUGCCAGUACUGUGCCCAGCGUUUUGGGCGGAAGGACCAUCUGACGCGACAUGUCAAGAAGAGCCACUCGCAAGAGCUGCUGAAAAUCAAGACAGAACCUCCAGAUAUGUUGGGUAUACUUGGGUCUGGUUCUCCACCGUGUGCUGUGAAAGAAGAAAUAAGCCCUAUGAUGUGUAGCAUGGGACCUACCAAGGACUCAAUGAUGGCAAAGCCUUUCCACGGUGCCACCCCUUUUCCCAUGGGUAUGUACAACCCUCAUCAUCUCCAGGCCAUGUCCAAUCCAGGUGUGGGUCACCAUCACUCAUUGGUCCCAGGGUCUUUACCCACUGCCAUGGGGAUGGGCUGCCAUAUGGAACCUCCAUCAUCACUGCACCACCAUCACCCACACCAUCAUCACCAUCACCACCCUCACCAUCACCACCAGUCCCCACCUACACACCAGCAACAGCCUUCCCUGCAGAACCAGCAACAACAGCACCCUCAGCCACCGCCCAAGUACCAGCUCGGAUCUACCUCAUACCUGCUUGAGAAGCCCCUGAAGGUGGAGAUGGAGAGUUUCCUGAUGGAUCUACAGAGUGGACUCCCAGUUCCUCCGCCAUCCUCUGCCGAUCCCCACUCAGCAGCUUCACCGAACAAGGAGGGUUUGGAACCUUCGACAGGACUGUCGGAUGACCUUUGCGGGGACCCCCUCAUGUCCAAGAGCCCCGCUGUCAUUGCUGAGUCUUUGUGUGCUGCUAACAUGGACUUUUCUCAUCUGCUGAGCUUUAUUCCACUCAAUCUACAGCCUUACAGUGCCCCCAUGAGUUCGGGAGGACUGGUAAUGGGUUACUCCACCUCCUCCACAGUUUCUUCUUCCUCAUCAUCGUCAGCAUCUUCGCAUGCUGUCGAACCACACGCUGCCACAGCCACCGCCGCAGUGCCUCUUACCUCUUUGCAACCUCAACCUCAGGAGCAACCAGGCUCCGGUGGGGGUCUCGGUCUUGGGCCUCUGCACCCACUCCCACCAGUGUUCAGCUCUAGCCUCAGUACGACCACUUUGCCUCGCUUUCACCAGGCCUUUCAAUGAGGGGGCUCAGGGCCGAGGAGUGUUAGUGCUCCCCCUAGGGGUGGGGAGAUAGAAAACUUGAACACAUGGAAGCCUUAACAAAAGCGCACAACAGCUUUUUUUAUUGAGCCUGGAGGAAAAUAAGCAUAUGAGCUUUUAUUUAGGCUAUCUGAAAUUUAGCUAUGAUUUUUUUGAAUACUCUUUUAAACCUCUCCCACCAUCCCCUCUCCUACAUUUUUGUAGUUAGACAGCAGCAUCAGUAGGCCUUAAGGCAUGGUACUGCAUACUUUAUAAAGUAAUAAUAUUAGUAGAAAAAAAGAAAAGAUUGAUGUAGAGAAGAUAAUCUGUAUUUGAGACUCUGAAAGACUAGUUUGAAGUGAUAUAUGGAUUUCCUUUUCUUUUCCAAAUGUGAGACCUGACUUUGCUAUAUUGUCUCUAUUCUACUAAGCUUAAAGUCAGGCGAUAGUUGUUUGCCCUUAAACUAAAACCGUCUUCAUGUCCAGGAGUGGACAAAUUUGUCAAGGAAUGAAGGAGAGAAAUUGGUCAUUUCAAAAUGAAUUUUUCAAUAGAUUCGACUUGCCUUAAUCAAGAGAUUAUAAAAAUUCACAUCCCAGUUUUUUUUUUUUUUUUUUUUGAUGAUACAAAUUCACACGAUAAAAGGUCAGUAACCUUUUUUUUUUAAUGUAAGAGCAGCAGAGAGACUGAAAAUGGAAAGGCAAAGAGGGUAAAAACUGCACAGUUUGUUCACUUGGUACAAUGUGACCACUGACAGAACUAAAGCAAAUGAAAUUUAACGUUAAAUUCUUACAGGUUUACAAUUUUUCUCAAAAGAAGCACUUUGUUUACAGCAAAAGGCACUUGACCUACGUGGGUUGCCAAGGUGGCCCACUGAAAUCCCCCUUUCACUCCUCUACCUUCUACCUUUCUGAAAAGAGACUGCCAUUACACACAAACAACCUCCAAAUAACUCAGAGUCUCACCCUGGUUUUCCUCUUUCCAGCACUAAUUUUAAGUCUCCGUGGCAUCAUUAUCUCACUUCCAGAUCCUGCCCACCAGAUAAUAAUCUAUAAAUAUAUAUAAAUAUGUAUUUUAAGAAAAAAAAAAGGUAUUUUAGGCAGGUUUUUAUUUUAGAGAGACAUACAUUGUAAUGAUAACCCUGGUAUAUGUGAAUGGAAAAAAAAAGACAAAACAAAAACAAGAAUAUUUUUUUGCAGUGUACGAAGUACCACAUCAAAAAUAUAUAUUAUAAUUGCUUCUUUUUCAGUAAAAUUUGUAAUUUAGAUAGUAUUACAAUUGCUGAUAGAUUUUUGAAAAAGCAAAUGUCUAGCAGGUUUACAUAAUAAUGUAUCUUGCAUCAUAUUGAACAAAAUGGAUGAAGUAUUAGCUUUUCCCUAUAGCUUUUCCUGUUUAUUGUUUCUCCACGUGAGUCAUGAAUAAUGUGGGAUUUUACCUGCGUAUAAUAGACUAAUAGUGGCAUAAUCCAGUAGAACGGACUAGUCUUUAAUCUUUAGCGCAUGUACUAGAGGCCCGUAAUGUGAUCCAGGUUUCAGUUUGUGUUUUCUUCUUUCUUUUAAAUUCUCAGUAUUCGACGGAUGCUGUCUGUUGGUGUGUUUGGUUGUACAAUUUUCCAACCUCCGUGAUCAUUUUGCACCGUCACACUGAAAUGACUGAAACCACAAUUCCAGUUGCUGUAGAUUCGGUUUUAAUAUUACAAGAAUCUAAAGGGGUUUUGUUGUCUAAGUUGCCAUUUCCCAGCAAGUGGACUGCACACAUUCUUACCAAAUAAUCAUUCAUUACCAAUGGCCAUGUGAGGAAGAGUUAUGUGUAAAGAAACAGAAGAUGGACGUAACAGCCGUGUCUGAUAAAAACAGAUGUAUUUCUCUCUCUCUCUUUAUUCUUCACCUCAUCCCUAUUCUGUGUCUACAUCUGCAUUAAUAGUGAAUGUGAACAGGAAAGACAAUAGAAUGGUAAAAGGCCACACCACAAAACUAAGACAUAACAAUAUAAUGCUGCUCUUGGUGCUGUGGUUGCCAGCAACCAUAGACCACUCUGGAAACAUUUUUUUUUAAACUGCAAAUAAUCUUUUAGCAGAAAACAUGCACAUUAGUACACGUGAACUGUUUUCUCUGUUCUUCAGCUGCUUCAGUUCGAAUGAACAUUUUAUGAAAAGGGUCUGAAAAGAGACACAAAGAAGUCACCAGCCUGGUCUUUGACAUUCAAAGCAUGGGACAUUUGAUUGGGAUAUUGCCUAGUCGUUUUUGUCGUUAUAUUAUUUUCUGUUUGUUGAAACAGGACCUCAAAACAACACAACGCAUCACCUCAUUUAUUUGUUUUUCAUACCAAAAACCCGGGGAGAAGAAACUAGCUUUUGCGCAAUGGCAAACUAAAGAGCCUAGCUAAAACUGUAAGAAGAAUAUCUUUCAAAUGAUAUUGUCAUAACAAAGCCAAAUAUAGUGAGAUGUUCACUCGCCUCAUAAUUCAUUCAUUCAUUUUCUACCACUUUUCCGGGGCCGGGUCGUGGGGGCAGCAGUCUUAGGAUUCUACCUCUCCCCAGACCCUUCCUCCAGUCCAUCCAAGGGGAUCCCGAGGUGUUUCCAGGCCAGCCGAGAGACAUAGUCUCCCCAGCGUGUCCUGAGUCUUCCCCGAGGCCUCCUCCCGGUGGGACAUGCAUGAAACACCUCUCUAGAGUAGGCCUCUAGGAACUAUCUGAAACAGAUGCCCGAGCCACCUCAGCUGACUUCUCUCGAUGUGGAGGAGCAGCGGCUCUACUCCGAGCUCCUUCCAGGUGACAGAGCUACUCACAGGGUGCGCCCUGCCACCCUGCGAAGGGAACUCAUUUCGGCCGCUUGUAUCCGUGAUCUUGUUCUUUCGGUCAUGACCAAAAGCUUAUGGCCAUAGGUGAGAGUAGGAACGUAGAUUGACUGGUAAAUCGAGAACUUUGCCUUUCAGCUCAGAUCCUUCCUUACCACAACAGACCGGUACAUGGACCGCAUUACUGCUGCCGCUGCACCGAACCACCUGUCAAUUGCCUCAUAAUAAUAUUAAUUCCUUCGUUCAUUUUCUUGUCGGCUUAGUCCCUUUAAUAAUAAUAUUUUAUUUCCAGAAAAUUGAAAAAUUAAAAGGAUGAAACAUUGAUUAAACAGUGUGCAGACGAAAUUAUAUAAAAAAAUAAAUAUUAAAAUGAAACAUUUGGCUUAAAGAACUAUUUUUUUUUUAUUUAAAAACCUAUUUAUUUUGAAGAAAUACGAGGAGAUGCAUAUGUAACCGAAUAAAACAAGGCUUUUGGCAAUUUUUGAGUUUGUCCUCCCCGGGUUUUCUGUGAGCUGAUCUGAAUUCUAGCACUUUUAAACCUUUAAAAAGAGUAUUUUUCAGCCUUGUAUGUUUGUAUGUUUUUAAUUUUGUAUUUUGAUCUUGUAUGUGCCAUUAGUUUGAUGUGUAGAGUUUAUUCAUCUUUGUGUAAUUGAUGUUUUCCUCCUUUUUCCAAAAGAGUAACAGUAUUUUAGAUAGACUUUCACUAAUACUCAACCCCCCCCCCCCCCAACCCCAACGUUGUCUUGUCAUACAUUUGAGGAAGUCAUUCAAUCGUGAAAUAGAUCUUAUUAGAAUAACACCAUCUCAGUGUCUAAAACUCGACCAUCAUUGCUGCAAACAAAAGGACAUUUCCAGCUCCAUCUAUAGACUGAGGUGUUUUCAAUCGACAUAACACGCUGGCAGGUUCGACUGGUGUGAAAUUUCUCUCAGCUUUCUGCCCCUCCAAAAAAAGCACUUUUGGUUUAAAUGAAGUUUUAUGUAAUAACUGCCUGGAUAGGUGGAGCUCAGCAUCUUUAGUUUGUUAUUUUGCCGCAGAAUAAUUAACCAAGUUAAAAUGGAUCUUUUCCUCGUUUGUCACAAUGCACUUGUAUUUCCCCCCCCCCUGAGAUACUAGAUGGUUCCUAUGACGAAACAAAAUAUUAAGGGAAAUUGUAAAGUAACCAAACUUGGGUAAAAGAAACAAUCUGACUUUUAAGAAAAGGAAAAAACGACGCUCUUUCGGCUUCUAGUGAGAAAAUGGGUACGUCCCAUGAGGACAAAAUCCACUUGUAGUUUGAUAUAUUUUAGCUUAAUGUAAGUCUUGCAUUCCAAGCUUUUUAUGUAACUCGUUUAGCGAUAUAGUCCUUUAUUUUUAGUACUUGCUUAUUACCACAACUUCUGAAAAAAGGUGAAAACAACAAACGGAAUAUUCAUGCUUACAAUAUCUGAAACAACUCGGAGAUGAUGAUUGACAGGACGAAUUGUACAAUAGACACUCGUAACGGAGACAAACAGUGUGCUUUUUGUUGUUGUAGUUGUUGUUACACGGCUCACCUGCGGUCAGUUGCUGCAUUGUAAAGUUGACAGAUUUGUAUAUUGGUUGAUCCAAAGAGAUGACAUUACAACAAACCUAUUUACUUAUUGUACAGUACAUUGUACCAUUUGACUUGUAAUGUGUUAUGUUAAAAUGAUUAAAAGACAAAC